AUUAUUAUUUAUGUGGUAUCCAAGAUGGCGGAGACUCACUGGGUGGUUGAGGUGUUGGAGCUGGUGGCUGCGGACAGGACCUAGGAGGGAUCGUGCGAGCAGCCAGGAGGUCAGGUCUCCCGGGGAGCGGUGUCUGCACACAGCCGGGCGGUGACACGGGGAGCUGGAGACCUCCAUUGGGUCCGCGAUGGCCGAGCCUCGUCGGGUGCCGUUUGUGAGCCUGUCAACGGCCAAGCCACGAGAGGCCGGAGGGAGCGUUACAGCCGAGCAUCCCCGGGCCCUGCCUCACACCAAGCCCGCCGUGCCGGCCCCACAGCCGGCCAUCCAACGGCCCCCGCGAGGGGACACCCCCAGCCCGGACUUCGGGACUGCCCAGCCCGCUGACGGCGUCAAACCGGAGGGCGGCCGGCACAGGCCCAUGGGGACCGUGAGACUGGAGCUGGCCCUCACCGACUCCACCGAGGAGAGCUGCGCCGAGUUCAGCUACCCGGACCUGAUCCAGAGCGAGAAAAAAGCCGGCCGGGAGGCAGUGAGAGCCCCAGAAAGGGAGCAGCGGGGGCAGUCGAAGGUUACUCCAUCUCUGGAUCCAUUUAAUGAUGAAGAGCGAGAAAGAAUUGCGGUGGAAAAUUUGGCUAAGAAAUUUGAGGCUAAAUAUGGAGGAAAAGUCCAUAAGCACCGGAAGGACCGUAUGCAGGAUCUCAUUGAUAUUGGUUACGGCUAUGAUGAAACUGAUCCCUUUAUUGACAACUCUGAGGCUUAUGAUGAAUUGGUCCCGGCAUCGCUGACGACAAAACUUGGGGGAUUUUAUAUCAACACAGGAACGCUUCAAUUUAGGCAAGCAUCUGAUUCAGAAAAUGAAGACUUUGUUGAGAAUAAAAAGCAUAAAUCAUCUAAAGUCUCUAAGGUAAAGGAGGACCAUUCUUUGAAGAAACGCAAGAGGAAAGAGGAUAGUGCAGAGAAAGAUAAAGGACCCAAAAAACUGAAAGUUGCUAAGCAAAUGGGUGUCAUGGCUUUCAAUGCCCACAAACCAGAUAAGAAGAAGAAAAAACUGUACAAGGACUCGUUGUCACUUGCUGCUAUGCUUCAGAAGUUUGAGAAGGAAAAAAAUGCUAUGAGGACAAAACAAAGCACACAGAAUCCUCUAACAGUAACUGUUGUUAAUGCUGCUCCUAAGCCAGUCAUUGCUAAUCCUACUGCCAGUGAUUUGUCGGAUUUAACCCUUGGUGCUGACCCAGUGCUUGCCAUAUUUGGCGGUGGCAGUGAGCGUGAACUCUUGCAGGAAGCAGAGAAUGCUUUGGAAAUGCUUGGCGACUUUGAUAUUGACAAACUUUUGGACUCUGCCUCAAAUGAUAGCCCAGCAUGUUCUGAAGCUGGAGAGAAUGGCACUAUUGGGCAUUCUGUAAAUCUCUCUCAGUCACAGGUGACCAAACCAGCAACGACUAUUCCUGAAGGUCUCCCAGCACUGCUGGAAAAACGUAUUGAGGAUCUAAAAGUGGCAGCAAAAACAUUUGAUGAAGAAGGUCGAAAGAAAUUCUUUACUCAAGAAAUGAACAACAUUUUGCUAGAUAUUGAAAUACAGCUGCAGGAGUUGACCCCAAGCAACAGGAAUGGAGUAUAUGGUUAUAUAGAGACUUUUGUUCCUUGCAAUAAGGAUACACUUGUCAAACGCCUGAAAAAACUUCAUCUUCACAUACAGGAUGAUCGACUUAGAGAACCUCUUCAGAGACUUAAAAUGGCUAUUGGCAUUGUAAUGCCUGACCAGCUGAAUAGGUACCAAGAAGACUGCCAAGCCCACAAUCAGGCAAAAAAUGCCAAGCACCUUGGAGAGGAUGAUCGUGAUAAGAAUCCUUCUGAGGAUGAUGAUGAGGAGAAACCUGGCAAAAGAAUCAUGGGACCAAGGAAGAAAUUCUGCUGGGAUGAUAAUAUAAGGAAUUUGCUUUGCAACUUGGUUAGAAUUAAGCUGGGGUGCUAUGAGCUGGAACCCAAUAAAAGUCAGUCAGCAGAAGACUAUCUCAAGACUUUCAUGGAAACUGAAGUGAAACCUUUGUGGCCCAAAGGUUGGAUGCAGUCAAGGAUGCUGUUCAAAGAGAGUCGCAGUGUACAUAAUCAUCUCACUUCUACUCCAGCAAAGAAAAAAGUAAUUCUGGCGCCUAAACCAAAAGUCAAAGAAUCUAGCCCUAAGAAAGAACAGAAAACCUUCACUCCCCAUCCUACAAUGAACCGAGCACCUUCUUUGAAUGCAGUUACACCAAUUGGUCCCACAAGCUCAAGCUGCACACUUCCUUCAGAGACUAUAUGUCUAGAUGACUCUUUAGAUGAAGAGCUUUCUUUCAAACACCCUUCAUUGGACUCAAUUUCUGAAGCACUGGCUGUACUCAAUAAUGGAACUAAUAAUGGAACUAAAGCCCCAUCAUCCAAUUGCAUCAUUGACACCCCAACAUCCCGUCCUAAAAUUGCUUUGAGAGAGGAAAAGCUUGCCUCUAUAAUGAGCAAACUGCCGUUAGGGGGUUCUAAAAAAGCAGAAUCUUCUCAGCAAACAUCUAGUCUCAUUGCAGGCCACUCGGCCCCUUUACCAAAGAAACCUCAGGAUCCUGCAACCGGCCAUUCCCCAGUGGUUUCUGGUUUAAUUGCAGGUUCUUCAAUACAAAACCCAAAAGUAUCAUUGGAACCCCUACCUGCCAAGUUGCUUCAGCAAGGAAUCCAAAGGUCUCUGCAGGUUGAAGUGUCUUCAUCCUCUAUACCUGCCAAGGUUAAGGUUCCUUCUGCUCAGCAAGCCAAAGCUGCAGGCUCUUCUUCCACAUCCACCACCCCAUCCAGCUCUCCAUCAACACCGUUUAUAUCCUCUUCACAAGCCCUUGUUUCUUCUUCACAAAUCCAAAACACUUGUUCUUUACAAGCUGUCAAGGUCCAUCAGCAAUCUCCCCUUCAGCAAAACUAUGUUACCCCUUUGCAAGCAACUAUCAGUAAGUCUCACACUAAUCCAGUUGUUCGACUGACCAGCAGUCCACAGAUUUCUUCCACUUCACCAGUUAUAAAGACACCUGAAAAAGUCAUUAUUUACCGGCCUCCCACAUCACCAUCUCUUGGUAGCAGUCAACCUAUACCAGUUUCCCGGACUUUUGCCUCUUCUACCUCUAGUAACAUUCUUGCAAAAAACUUGAGUUCACAAGGCUCUAAUCCUGGAUUCAAACCACCGUACGUCAUUAUGUCCCCUUCUCCCAAGCCUAUUACUUCUAGUUCUUCCAGUUCAAUUACAUCUGUCGCCCAGAAUACUGCACAUCAAAAGAUUUCAAGUGGUAUUAUUGGACGCCCUUCACCCACAGCAAGCCCUUUGCCUGGUAACCGAAUUCUUGGAGGAGUGCAGGGGUCAAAGAACCCCUCUGUGCUAAACAAGACCCCAAACUCAUGCCCCAAACAAACCUCACCUUCUGUUAGACAACCCAGCCCAUCACCAAAAAUGCAAAACCCACCCUUAAAAAUGCAAAGCCCAUCACCGAAACCAUCCACUCAAUCUCCAAAGCAAUCCAACUCUUCUCCAAAGCCACUGACCCCUACACCACCUGGAGCUAUUAAAACCACAAAUAUCAUCCAUAAUGUACCAGUAAGCAUAGCAAACCAUAACUCUAACACUGCAACUAGGACUAACUUUGUAGGGGCUUCAGGAAGUGGAAAUUUGGGUGCCACUAAACAGCCAACACCUCACAGACAACUAUCUGCCUCGGGGUCCCCUAUUACAGCGGCUACUGUACAGUCUGCAGCUGCAGGCUCUGUCCUUGCAAAUUCUUCACCUCUGACCCUCAUGACAUCACAGCUUUCUGUAACAAAUCCAAAUGUGACAACUGCUUCUCUUGGCCCGUUUGGGAUGCUCAGCGGCCUGAUGCCAUUUGCGUUUCCACUGGAGUUGCUUGGCUUUGGGAGUGACACAAACAAUGUGGUAACAUCCCAGGGUUCUACCUCAACAGCUUUCCACCACAACCUUACUCAAAAUAUACUGAAGGGGUUACAGACUACUCCACACACCUCAACAAUCUCUCAUCCAAGUUUGCCUCCACAUUUGCAGCAAACAUUCACAGAUGGAGGCCAAAGUAAAGGAGACUCCAAACUACAUCGCAAAACCCAGUGAUUGAACUAUUCAAAAGAGUGGAAAAUCAAGUUUAAUUUGUUUUUGUUUUUUUUCUGAUUGGCUGGAUAUCGCCCUAUCAGAAAGUUCACAUCUUGUGCAAGCCACCUUUGCUGUCUAUGUUUACAUUGAUCUGAUCCCAAGCACUGUGGAAAACAGAUAAAGUACUUAAACAAGAGGAAGAUAAGAUUCAUAUUUUGCAUGACUGGCUAUAAGAUGGUGCUACCAAACCGAGAAAAGGAAUUUAUUAUUUUUUUGGCAGGAAAUGGGCAGCCACUCCCAUCCCCUCCUCAACAGAAUGAGUUGCUGGGUUGUGUGCAUGUGUUUUAGAUUUAUUUGUGUUAAUAUAAUCAUCAAGAAUCUCGUGUGUGCUAGUGGUUUGCAUUCCAUUCUUCUCUAUGAAGAGGAUUAUAGCACAAGAUUGCCAGUAAAAAUAAAUAAUAUUUUUAAAGCUGCAAAUGUUAAAAUAUGGACAGAAUAGUUAUCUGCUUCAAGAUUUAUUUUCCUGUAUGAAAGUGGUGCAUUUGACUAAAUUUAAAAUAAUGUUGAUCCCCUGCAUUGAUUUAUUUCAUGUUAUCUGUCAAAGAAUGAUGCAUACAUAUUGGCUUUGAAGGAAAAAAGAAACAGCAUCUAAGUUUACAAAUCAUGCUCUACAGCAGGCUAAUGGAUAUUUGCCAUUUGUAGAUGGGAGCAAUUAAGAAUUCUAAGGUUCGUGAAGUUAGAUAUUCAGACACAUUGAUAUUCAUUUGGGAGGAUUUUCCUGAAGUUUCCCAUUGUUUUAGUAUGGGUUGUUGUACAGUAUCCUCAUGACUGUACUAGAUUUACCUAAAUGUAUCCAGGUAUUCUGUUUUAAAAUCCAAUAUUAAGGUUUACCCCUUAAUAACGAAAAUUAAGUAAAUAGGAUCUGAAUGCUUGGUGGUUUUAUUUAUUUAUUUAUAUACAUAUAUAUAUAUUUUUGGAAACAUUGUCAUUACUGCUUACAAAUUCGGGAAGCUUUUGAAUACCCAUUUUCUUUGCUAGUGCUGAUGGUUUUAUAGUACAGCAUUACUUCAAGCCUCUUAAAAUCUUUGAAAAGAAAACUGUUAAAGUAAAAGCAACAUUUCAAUGCAAGUUUUAGAAGUUCUGGGACAGAACUUUUAUUUCGCAGUGUCAAUGUAAAAGGAGUAUUUAGUGCCUGUCUACAAUAACUGGGAUAAGCAUUAUUGACAGUAUUAUAUAUGCUGAAAGGCAUCAAAAUGAAAAGUGGACAGAGUGUGUGUCAGAAUGAAACAUGCAAAGUUUUUUGUUUUGUUUUUCCAGUUUAGCCUGCUAUACAUCUGUUUUGACUGCACGUGACAUUGUUUGCAAUAAACUUGAAUUGUGAUUGAUCUUAGUGGGGCAUUAUCAUAUUAUAUGGUAAUAUCUAGGCAUCAUAUAAAAUUGCUUCUAAAGGUCUGUAUCCUUUCCUGGAGCACCUAUUCCAUUCGAGGAAUGCCCGUUAGUUAGAUUUUCUUAAAGUGGCUGUUACUUCAAGCUUACCUUUCUCCUAUUGUUUCUCUUCUUUUCCAGAAUGUUUUUUGUUUUCUUCAUUUCUGAUCUACUUCUCUUUAAAACAGAAAUUGCUUUUUGUUUUAUGUAUUUUCUUACACCUGACAAGUCUUAAAGUGAUUCUAUAGUGUAAGGAAUACAAAGUUGUAUUUUUUACACUGUACUUGCCUCACAAACCAGCAUCAGGCAACCAAAAGUUGCCUAUGCAAGCAAGUGCGUCUGUUGGCUUUCAGACAGCCACUAGAGGCAGUCUUAGUCCUGCAAUGUAAAUCAAUGCAGUUUUUUGAGAAACUGCAAUGAUUACAUUGCAGGACUAAGUGGGACUGAAACGCUGCACCCAGAGUACUUCGAUGAGCUGAAGUGUUCUGGGUGCAUAUAGUGUCCCUUUAAAGCAAGCUCCACUUAUUUGUCAAGCUAACAAAGUGUGAAGGUUGCAUUGAGCUCCACCACCUGUCAAGUAGGAAAAAUACACAAUAUAAGGUAGUCCCUGUAGUAGAAAAGAACAGCAGAUUCUGAAAGAGGAAACAAAAGAAGAAAGGUAAGUUUGAGUGACAGAGCCACUUGAAGUAUUCAUCAUAUAACAUACUCCUUUCAAGUCUUAGAAAAAUCUAAUUACUGCCAGUUUAAAACUUUGGGAUUUUUGUUUUUGAAUGUAUGGUUAUGGAAAGAAUUUGUGAAAUUCCCUUCUUACCCCCACCACUUUUUUUUCCUUUCAACUAAUAAGCAAUAAUGAGGUCAUGAAUGUUUGUACCACAAUAGUUUGUUCCUAUGUCUGUAUUAAUGUCAAACAUAAAGGUAUCAAUAUUGUGUAUCUUGUGGGUUUGGCUCCCCUGCAUCUUAUAGCCAGUCAAGCUGAACUUUCACGUUUGUUUCUAACCAGAAGCUGGUUUUAUCUUAUUAUGCUACUAGGGCCUAUAAUGGGAUGGUCAGCAAUUUGUAUUCCAUCGUUAAACCAAGUAGACACAGCCUCAUAGCUGGCAAUAGCGUAAUUGCAGUUUAGGUUUUAACUUCAAUAGUGCUUGCACCCAUAUUGCUGCUACAGGACUGAACUUUUUCUGUUUUGGUGUAGAUUAGUUUAAAUUUUUGUGCUUCUUCUCUUAUCUGGCCAGUGGUCUAAAGACUUAACUGCUUAUAAAUCUCUGUAUUCUCCAGUGGUAUACAACAAUAAGUCCUCUUUAUUUUAUUGCCAUACAUAUUUAAAGUAAUUUCAGUUGGGCAACAAACAUGUGAAAUUAAUUGCAGCACUGCCUCCAGGCUGUUAACAGGAUGAUGUUCUGAAAAAGACCGGUUAUAACUGUAAUUAUAACAUAACUUGAACAAAAUAAUAUGUUCUGAGUUCUUCUAUUCAUAAUUUCUCCAUUGCCAAAAUAUUCUCUAAAAAUCAUCUCCCACUCUUCAAAAGUAGGGAUUACAAUUUAAGUGCCUUUUAUUUCCUGUGCUUAGCUUAAAUUUUCAAAAUAUUGCAAUACGAUGUCAGCCUGUUCACUCAGGGCAUGACAUUUAUGUCUGACUUCUUUUUUGCGUAUCUUUACUUCCAGUCUUUCCUCAUGUGUUCCAGCUUUUACCCAAACAAUAAAAUAUUAAUGUUUUAAA